CACCCCUUUAAAAAACUGUUAUAUAACUAGGGUGUGUGUCAGAGCAAGUUGACAUCAAAUUCACAUUUUCGUUGUGAAACAAGCAGUGCGUGAGAUUGUCGUGCGGGGAGUGAGCCUCUGCUUGAGUGGUAUUAGAUAAACGUGUGAUACACAUCACGCUGUAAAUUCUAAUCGGAAUCAUUUUUUGUGUAGCACGUGUUUUUACAUUGUGAAGAUGGCUGCAUCUGCAAAGUGUCUUGCCAAAGGAAGCCCUGCUCCUGGCCCAGUGCCUGAAGGGAUGAUUCGGCUCUACAGUAUGAGGUUCUGUCCUUUUGCACAGCGAACACGUCUCGUCCUUGAAGCAAAAGGUGUCAAGUUUGAAACCAUCAACAUCAACCUGAAGGACAAGCCUGACUGGUUCCUUGAGAAGAAUCCUAUUGGCCUGGUCCCUGUGUUGGAAACUCCCAAGGGUCAGGUGAUCUGUGAGUCACCAAUCACAUGCGAGUAUCUGGAUGAGGUGUAUGCGGGAAAGAAGCUGAUUCCAGCUGAUCCCUAUGAGAAGGCCAAACAGAAGAUGCUGGCAGAGCAUUUCUCCAAGGUAAUCGCACAUUAUUAUAAGAUCGUCAUGGCCAAGAAAAAUGGUGAAGAUACUUCUGUGCUAGAGGAGGAAAUUAAGUCUAAAUUCACCCAGUUCAAUGAGAUUCUUACCAACCAGAAGAGCCAGUUCUUUGGAGGCGAUUCUGUGUCUAUGAUUGACUACAUGAUCUGGCCCUGGUUUGAGAGACUGGAAAGUGUCUCCUUGAACACAUGUCUUGAGCACACCCACAAUCUCAAGUCCUGGGUAGAGCUCAUGAAGGAGGAUCCUGCUGUAAAGGCAACCAUGUCUGAUCUCGAAACCCACAGGGGCUUUUAUAAGCUUUAUUUGGAAGGAAAGCCAGACGCCUAUGAUUAUGGGCUGUAAGGUGGAUUAGGGGUAACUACUGAUGAAAUCAUGAAACUGAUCAGUUUAAAUAACCAACCACCUCCCUCCAGCCCAGUCUUGUCCUUUCAUUGGACCAGUUUUCCUUCAGUCCAAAUAAAAGGAUAAGAUAAAAAUGCAUACUUUCAUUGCGCAUAUAUAGUACAACAAUAAAUCAUGUUUUUAUUUUUGCAAAGACA